CCUCUUCGUCUGUAGGAUGUGGAGAUUGACAUUGAACUGGCACCUGGAGACCAGACCAGCCUCCCCAAGACCAAAGAGCAGGCAGAGAGAGACGCAGGCAACCAGCUGCACAUGCUCACUAACCGCCACGACAAGUUCCUGGACUCCCUGAGAGAGGUCAAGACGGGAGCGCUGCUAAAUGCUCUGGUUCAGCUUUGCCACAUCUCCACUCCACUGGCCGAGAAGACCUGGGUCCAGCUUUUCCCUCGCCUCUGGAAGAUUCUGUCGGACCGCCAGCAGCACGCACUGUCUGGCGAGAUGGGUCCAUUCCUAUGUAGCGGCAGUCACCAAGCUCAGCGAGAUUGCCAACCCAGUGCUCUAAACUGCUUCGUGGAAGCCAUGUCCCAGUGUGUGCCACCCAUACCCAUCAGGCCGUGUGUGCUGAAGUACUUGGGCAAAACCCACAAUCUUUGGUUACGCUCCACCCUGAUGCUGGAGCAGCAAGCUUUUGAAAAAGGCCUCAACUUGCACAUCAAACCCAAACAGAGCACCGAGUUCUACGAGCAGGAAAGCAUCACUCCUCCGCAGCAGGAGAUCCUCGACUCGCUUGCGGAGCUUUACUCCCUACUGCAAGAGGAGGACAUGUGGGCCGGGCUGUGGCAGAAGAGAUGCAAGUUCCCAGAGACGAGCACUGCCAUUGCAUACGAACAGCAUGGCUUCUUUGAACAGGCUCAAGAAACCUAUGAGAAAGCAAUGGAGAAAGCACGCAAGGAGCACAAUGUCUCACCCGCCAUCUUUCCAGAGUACCAGCUGUGGGAAGAUCACUGGAUCCGCUGUUCUAAAGAGCUGAACCAGUGGGAGCCUCUGACUGAGUAUGGACAAUCUAAAGGACAUAACAACCCAUACCUGGUGCUGGAGUGUGCCUGGAGAGUGUCCAACUGGGCUGCCAUGAAAGAGGCUCUGGUGCAGGUGGAGCUGAGCUGUCCGAAGGAGAUGGCCUGGAAGGUGAACAUGCAUCGUGGCUACCUGGCCAUCUGUCACCCUGAGGAGCAGCAGCUCAACUUCAUCGAGCGGCUGGUGGAGAUGGCCAGCAGCCUGGCCAUCAGAGAAUGGAGGAGACUUCCACACAUCGUUUCUCACGUCCACACACCCCUGCUGCAGGCUGCCCAGCAGAUCAUCGAGCUACAGGAAGCGGCUCAGAUUAACGCAGGACUGCAGCCUGCCAACCUGGGCCGCAACACCAGCCUCCAUGACAUGAAAACUGUGGUGAAGACCUGGAGAAACAGACUGCCGAUUGUAUCUGACGACCUUUCUCAUUGGAGCAGCAUUUUUAUGUGGCGUCAGCACCAUUAUCAAGCCAUUGUGACUGCAUAUGAAAACAACACACAACAUGACCCAAACACUAACAAUGCCAUGCUUGGAGUGCACGCCUCAGCAUCUGCUAUUAUUCAGUAUGGAAAGAUUGCUCGAAAGCAAGGUCUGGUCAACGUGGCUUUGGACAUUCUGAGUCGCAUUCAUACCAUCCCUACAGUGCCUAUUGUAGACUGCUUCCAGAAGAUUCGUCAGCAGGUUAAAUGCUAUCUGCAGUUGGCCGGAGUCAUGGGCAAGAAUGAAUGCAUGCAGGGUCUGGAGGUGAUUGAGUCCACCAACCUGAAAUACUUCACCAAGGAGAUGACCGCUGAGUUCUACGCUCUCAAGGGCAUGUUCCUAGCACAGAUCAAUAAGUCAGAGGAGGCAAACAAGGCCUUCUCUGCUGCAGUCCAGAUGCAUGAUGUUCUGGUUAAAGCCUGGGCUAUGUGGGGCGACUACCUGGAGAACAUCUUUGUCAAAGAUCGCCAGCCUCACCUUGGUGUCUCCUCCAUCACCUGUUACCUACACGCAUGCCGCCAUCAGAAUGAGAGCAAGUCUCGCAAAUACCUGGCCAAGGUGCUGUGGCUGUUGAGUUUUGAUGAUAAGAACACCUUGGCUGAUGCUGUGGACAAGUACUGCAUUGGAGUGCCUCCUAUCCAGUGGCUGGCCUGGAUCCCACAGCUCCUCACAUGUCUGGUGGGCUCAGAAGGAAAGCCCCUCCUCAACCUCAUCAGUCAGGUGGGACGUGUCUACCCUCAAGCGGUGUACUUUCCCAUCCGAACCCUGUACCUGACGCUGAAAAUCGAGCAGAGGGAGCGCUACAAGAGUGACUCCGGUCAGCAACAGCCCAGUUCGGCAGCUGCCCAGACGCACUCCGCAUCUGACCCGGGUCCCAUUCGUGCCACGGCUCCCAUGUGGCGCUGCAGUCGGAUCAUGCACAUGCAGCGCGAGCUUCAUCCCACCCUGCUCUCCUCUCUGGAGGGCAUUGUUGACCAGAUGGUCUGGUUCAGGGAGAACUGGCACGAGGAGGUUCUACGGCAGCUCCAGCAGGGUUUGGCUAAAUGUUACUCGGUGGCGUUUGAAAAAAGUGGAGCUGUAUCCGAUGCUAAAAUCACUCCACAUACACUCAACUUUGUGAAAAAGCUGGUCAGCACAUUCGGCGUAGGCCUGGAGAAUGUCUCUAAUGUGUCCACCAUGUUCUCCAGUGCCGCCUCGGAGUCCCUGGCCCGCCGAGCUCAAGCCACCGCUCAAGACCCAGUGUUCCAGAAGAUGAAGGGCCAGUUUACAACAGAUUUUGACUUCAGCGUUCCCGGCUCCAUGAAGCUGCACAAUCUUAUUUCAAAGUUGAAGAAGUGGAUCAAGAUCCUGGAGGCCAAGACAAAGCAGCUGCCCAAGUUCUUCCUUAUAGAGGAGAAGUGUCGUUUCCUUAGCAACUUCUCGGCUCAGACUGCUGAAGUGGAGAUCCCGGGAGAGUUCCUCAUGCCCAAACCCACACACUAUUACAUCAAGAUUGCCAGGUUCAUGCCCAGGGUGGAGAUUGUUCAAAAGCACAACACAGCUGCUCGACGCCUCUACAUCCGCGGGCACAACGGCAAGAUCUAUCCGUACUUGGUGAUGAAUGACGCAUGUUUGACAGAGUCCCGCAGAGAAGAGCGUGUGCUGCAACUCUUGCGGCUACUCAACCCCUGCCUGGAGAAGAGAAAAGAGACCACCAAGAGGCACCUCUUUUUCACAGUCCCAAGGGUGGUGGCGGUGUCUCCUCAAAUGCGGUUAGUAGAGGACAAUCCAUCGUCUCUGUCUCUGGUGGAAAUCUACAAGCAGCGCUGUGCUAAGAAGGGCAUUGAGCACGACAACCCCAUUUCCCGCUAUUAUGACCGGCUUGCCACUGUUCAGGCGAGAGGAACACAGGCCAGCCAUCAGGUCCUGCGUGACAUUCUGAAGGAGGUUCAAGGUAACAUGGUUCCACGCAGCAUGUUAAAGGAAUGGGCGCUGCACACUUUCCCCAAUGCCACAGACUAUUGGACCUUCCGCAAAAUGUUCACCAUCCAGCUUGCUCUAAUUGGCCUAGCGGAGUUCAUGCUGCAUCUAAACCGCCUCAAUCCAGAGAUGCUGCAGAUCGCACAGGACACUGGAAAACUCAAUGUUUCAUACUUCCGCUUCGAUAUUAAUGAUGCUACUGGUGAUCUGGACGCCAACCGGCCAGUUCCCUUCAGGCUAACACCCAACAUCUCCGAGUUCCUUACCACCAUUGGCGUAUCUGGACCCCUUACAGCUUCAAUGAUAGCAGUAGCACGCUGCUUUGCUCAGCCAAACUUCAAGGUCGAUGGCAUUUUGAAAGCAGUGCUGCGAGAUGAGAUCAUCGCUUGGCAUAAGAAGACGCAGGAGGACACCUCCAUGCCUCUGUCCCCAGCUGGACAACCCGAGAACAUGGACAGCCAGCAGCUGGUGUCUCUGGUCCAGAAAGCAGUGACGGCCAUCAUGACCCGCCUACACAACUUAGCGCAGUUUGAGGGAGGCGAGAGUAAAGUAAACACACUAGUAGCAGCUGCCAACAGCCUGGACAACCUUUGCCGUAUGGACCCUGCCUGGCAUCCUUGGUUGUAGACAGGUUUGUAAAGAGACAGACUUUAGAGCAAUGCAAUACUGUGAAAGUGAACGUCAAUGAGUUUUUCCCACACGUUUUCUUUUUUUUUUUUUAAAGAAAAUAUCUAGGUUUCUAAAAAUAAUGUGCAGGCUGUAAUUUAUAUAUAAAAAAAGAACAGGAUAAUGCUUAAGAUCUUUAGCGAUACACAUGCAGCAAUUAAAAGCGGCUUUGUUUGGUCGGACAGAUGCUAUUGUUAAACUGAUGAGCUUAGGUAAGUUCUUUUGUUGAUAUUGUCGGGAUUGUCAGCUAAGAAAUGUGACGGUACCUUUAGGAAAACACUGUUCCCACAACCACUGUUUCACACUGGAAGAGGGCGCAGCAGAUAUAGCAGAUUUUAUGCAAUCCCCAUCAAGCUCUCCUUUUACGCCAUUUCUCUGUGACUGAUGGCAGCCUUUUAGAUUUAGUAGUCCAAUUUACAUGAAUCAACACUUAACAAUGUGCAGCAUGUUAUUAUUUGUCAGUAUGUCAUUAUUUAAAGAUAUCUGUGGGCAUUUUUUACUUGUACACCGUGUGAAAACGACAUUGCAUCCCUUAAUUGCUGUGUACUUUUCUACAGUUUGUGCAAUUUAAAGCCGUCGUGUGUUACUGUCAAACAUUAAACAUAGAUUUGUUUUGCAAAAUACUCUGGAAAGGCAAAAACCCAUGAGCCUUAAGACUGGGGGAGCUCUCUACUUAGGACAUUUUUAGUUAAUCAUAGCGCGGAUGAUUUAUUUAUGUUGUUACCGCUCAAGGAUUUUGAGCUUUGUGUUUUUAGGAGUGUCCCAAAGCAUUUGUAUCCCACUGGUACACCUAAAGGCAUUUUUGUAUACAUUCCCCUGUUUUGUAAAGGUACAGAAUAUUGUGCCAAUAUAUGAAUAGUUACCUCUGCAAUGUAAAUAUGCAUUUUGUUUUAAUAAAAUGCUCUUUUUCAAGAAAAAAGAAA